AUGCCACUAGACCACCGGGGCGACCAACUUGGAGAACACGAGGAGAACCGUUCGCUGGCGGGAAAAGCUGCAACGAGUGACAACGUCGCGCUCAUGACGCUUCUCCGGCCGUGGCAAGACUCCGACCAUCCUUCUGGAGCUUGCAUCGUGUGCACUCAACUCAGCGAGGAGGAGGGGUAUAUUGGCGACGCAAUUCGCGGGCUCCAGGCGCGAGGUCUUACGCGCUCCGUCGAAGCCUUCAACUCCGACUUUUCUCUCCCAAUCGUCAUGUGUGGAACAAUGAACUGUGUACCUAGCAGUGGCACGUACGAGAUCCUGUGUCGAGGAAUAGAAGCCCAAGAUCCCGCCCGGCCAGGACCUCCAGGGAAGCCUCUCGUCGAGCCAAUUUCUACGAGCGCGGCAAGGGUCCGAUGGUCCGCCCCGUCAGAUUACAGCGAGUCACUCAGCCCUGCCAUCGACACGUACAGGCUACUGUGGGUCCCCGGGGGCAGCAGGUUCCUGCCAGGGGAGACCGUGGAUGCGCACGAGGCCGGGUGCGUGGAGUACGACCUCGUCAAGGCGGAAAGCGGCCGCGUAAGGUCCGAGCAGAACCCUCUCAGGGCGUUCGUCGUCUCUGGCCUAAGCUCAGGCGUGGCGUACGAGUUCAGGGUAUCCGCCAUCAAUAGUCUGGGUCAGGGGCCUUGGAGCGAGCGAUCGGAGCCUGUCCGCAUGCCACAGAUGGCUGGAAACGACCCGGUGGAUAGGGUGCUUCUUGGGGCCGCCUCGAUCAAGCUGCUCCGGAAACGAGAGCUCGAAGACGCCCGCCGUAGGGCUGAGGAGAGGCUGGCCAACCCACGCGCAUACGAGCUGCGGAAGCUGGUCAAGGUCGAAGGGUUGCUAGACUUAGGCAUGGAGAAAAUUCACCCUUUCGGCUCGGUCUCAGGGGUAACGCCGCGGUACACCGAUGCCUCGCUCCACCCAGACUUGGCCAACGUUCGCACCGACACCGGCUUCCCGGUAAUCAAGGCCAUCGAGGAGAGGCGAAUGUCAUCGGGCGCUACUAGCUCUACCACGACGCGGCGAAGACAGCGCAAGGCGAAAAAAACAGCAACAGCGGGUAGCCACCAAACACGUUCCAACGACGAGCAAGUCACGAGCAGCUCCACGAAGGGACCACUGGAUGACGACUUGUGUACAUGUAGUCUAGACGGUGCCAGUGCAUCCACAACAACGGGGGGCUUUAGGAAUGGGAGUGGGGAGGGCCGGUCGGACACCAGUGGCGCAGGCGCUGGGGAGAGUGUGACAAGGCCUACAAAGUCUUCGCUGCCACCGAAAGCAUGUGGUUCUUUCCCGAGAGAGGAAAACAUUCUCCUCCGACUCGAAUCUCUGGACGUGAGCGGGGCACGAAGCGAGCGUCAGAAGCACGCGCUCGGCCUGCGGAGCGCCUACAUGACGCACAGCUCCGGUGGGGAGCCGGCCUUCACCAUGCUUUCCGAUACCAUGGUAGGCACGGUCGACUACAUAUUUUUCAGCGCGGAUUGUCUGCUGCCAACGCAAGUGCUGUCCAUCCCGGAGAUGGGGAGUCUGGUGGGACGAGACAUCCAGCAGACCGACUUGUCUCCGGUUCCCGGUCUUUGGGCACCGAGCGAAUGGCAAGGGGAGUGCGGAGAAGAAGGAUACAUGGGAGAAUGGUCACCGUACUUGAGGGAAAACCCGUUGAGAGUCAAACACCGCGUCCCCAACGAGAUAUUCCCGUCCGACCAUUUGAUGCUCAUGGCAAACCUGCUGUAUUUCGAGCCGCGAUGCUCUUCCACGUGGCGAUAG